AUGGUCAGUGCUACUAAAUUAAGCUCGAAAGCAGAUGAGGCGAAGAAGCAAAAAGUCUUCGUUGCAAUGGGAGAAGACUUGUUCGAAAAGCCAGCAAACUCGAGAAGCACCUUCAAUUCCAUUAUCCUCUUCACUCUAACUGCGUUGACAUUCUACAUCAUUGGUUCUUUAGUUCAGCAGAGAACCUCUGAAUCACUCCCAACAAGAUUUCAAUGGGAAACCCCAAUUCACAUGGACCGAACCACUGAGGAAUUUCUUGAUUGGAGAGAGAAAGGAAUUGUUGGACCAGUUAAAGAUCAGGGAAAAUGCAAUGCAUCCCACGCAUUUGCGAUAACUUCCAGUAUUGAGUCAAUGUACGCCAAGGCUACAAAUGGAACACUUUUGUCAUUUUCUGAGCAGCAGCUUAUUGAUUGUAAUGAUCAGGGAUAUAAGGGAUGUGAGGAGCAAUUUGCGAUGAAUGCUAUUGGAUACCUCGCCACUCAUGGCAUAGAAACAGAAGCAGACUAUCCAUAUGUUGACAAGACAAAUGAAAAGUGUACCUUUGACUCAACUAAAUCAAAAAUUCAUUUAAAAAAAGGAGUUGUGGCAGAGGGUAAUGAAGUACUGGGGAAAGUUUAUGUCACAAAUUAUGGACCCGCGUUUUUCACGAUGCGCGCCCCUCCAUCCCUCUACGAUUAUAAAAUCGGAAUCUACAACCCAUCCAUUGAAGAAUGUACAAGUACACAUGAAAUCCGAUCAAUGGUAAUCGUUGGGUACGGUAUCGAGGGAGAGCAAAAAUAUUGGAUUGUGAAGGGCUCAUUCGGGACAUCGUGGGGAGAGCAGGGAUAUAUGAAGUUGGCAAGAGAUGUUAAUGCAUGUGCAAUGGCAACUACAAUUGCAGUUCUUACCGAGUUUGUAUAAUUUUGAGAAUUGUUAUUACGAUAAGAAUGAAUAUU